CCUCGGGUUGCCAACAUGGCGUGUGUCUGUUGUACACAGACAACUGUAGAAAUUAAUUCAGAUAGAAAACGCUAACUUGUUUUUAUUUUUAUUAAUAAAGUUUAGCUUUGGAUCCUUUUUCCCCCCUGGUGUGUGGCAAUGUUUGCCAAUGUGAUAUUACAUGCGACGAAAUGAACGGGAAAGCAGUGAGUGUUUAACGUUUCGUUGGCUGGGUCACUGCCCGUUUUCUAUCUAGCAUUGCUGUCUGGGUUUAGUUUUGUUUUUGUCCCGGGUCUAAUCCUGAACUGGGUCGAAUGAAGACUGUGGGUGGUAUUGGUAACCCCGUCGAGCCCGUCAGCUGUUUCCUAGAAUGAAAGCUCUGAAGGACAACUUCUUCUACUCCAGGAUAGGAGCUGAUGGGGUGUUUGAAGAUGACCGGCAUGUCCUGGUGGAGGAACAGAAGUCAUGCAGGGCCCGAGCUCGCUGCUUCUCCCUGAAACCAACCGACGAAGGAAGGUUCUGGAGGAGAGGAGGAAGCUGUGGGACGUCCAGGAACAGAGGCUGAGGGAGAGCAUCCUACAGCAACGUAAACAGAGAGUCCAGGAUGCUACCGAACGCUACCAGAGGGCGCAUCUGCCCCCCUCACAGAGACGCAGACAAUCUUUCAGGAAGACCACCCUUAAUAUCGAGGAGGCACUUAAUCACAUACAAGGCACCUUGACCUUGAGUUCCUAUACCAGACAAUCUCCCUCCCCCGACAGGAGCUGCACUUCAUCCCCUAAGCCUCCCCCGACACACAGCCCGUCUCUCCACCAGGGGACCCUGUCUGCCCUGGAGGCCUACAGCAAACUGAUGCAGGACAGAACCUUCAGCAGCUUCAAGAACAGAAUACUGUUCCUCAGCCAGCUCCAGGAGACACAGCUGAGGGACAGGGACGAUCUGCAGGACACACAGCCGAGGGAGAGGGACAAGGAGAGGGACGAGCUGCAGGACACACAGCUGAGGGACAGGGACGAACUGCAGGAGACACAGCCGAGGGACAGGGAUGAACUCCAAGGGACACAGCCGAGGGACAGGGACGAACUGCAGGGGACACAGCUGAGGGACAGGGACGAACUGCAGGGGACACAGCUGAGGGACAGGGACGAACUGCAGGGGACACAGCUGAGGGACAGGGACGAACUGCAGGGGACACAGCUGAGGGACAGGGACGAACUGCAGGAGACACAGCCGAGGGACAGGGACGAACUGCAGGGGACACAGCUGAGGGACAGGGACGAACUGCAGGGGACACAGCUGAGGACAGGGACGAACUGCAAGGGACACAGCCGAGGGACAGGGACGAACUGCAGGGGACACAGCUGA